AAGGGAAGAAAAGGCAGGCAGGCUGCGGCAUCCAGAGAGGCGAGGAGAGAAGCUGCCCGUUCGGGUUUCCACUGCAGGGGGAAGUUGUAGAUUAGCCAGUCGGUGAGCAAUGGCCUCCAAACUCUGCAUGCCGUCUCCUGUGUGCCUGAUCGAGAACCGGGACAGGAAGCUUGUUGUCCAUCGGGAGGCCCUUCAGCUGCUCUCCGGAAUCCAUCAGCCAGUGGUAGUGGUGGCCAUCGUAGGGCUGUACCGAACGGGCAAGUCCUACCUCAUGAACAAACUAGCUGGCAAAAACUCCGGUUUCCCUCUGGGCUCCACGGUGCAAGCGAACACCAAGGGAAUCUGGAUGUGGUAUGUUCCCUACCCUGGCAAACCUGACCAGACCCUUGUGCUGCUGGAUACAGAAGGCCUCGGUGAUGUGGAAAAGGGUGAUGCCCAGAACGACUCCUGGAUCUUUGCUCUGGCCGUGCUCCUUAGUAGCACUCUGGUCUACAACAGCAUGGGUACCAUUGACCAACGCGCUAUGGAUCAGCUCCAUUAUGUGACAGAACUGACUGAGCUCAUCAAAUCCAAGUCCUCACCUGAGGAGGACUCUGAGGCGUUGGAAGAUUCUGCCGAGUACGUUCGCUUCUUCCCGUCUUUCAUCUGGGCCUUGCGGGAUUUCACUCUGCAGCUGGAGCUGAACGGGAAGCCCUGCACUGAAGAUGAAUAUCUGGAAAACGCCAUGAAGUUAAAGAAAGGAAACUCCCGUGAAGUUCAGCUGUUCAACCUGCCCCGCGAGUGCAUCCGGAUGUUCUUCCCCACCCGAAAAUGCUUCAUCUUUGACCGUCCCACCAAUCGAAAGAACCUGCACCGCCUGGAGGAACUGGAAGAGGAUGAGCUGGAGCCUGAAUUUGUGGAGCAAACGCGCCAGUUCUGCCGUCACGUCUAUAGGACAUCCAAACCCAAGACCAUCCCAGGAGGGCACAUUGUCACUGGGCGCUUGCUGGCGAACUUGGUGGAGACCUACGUGGACACGAUCGGCAGUGGAGGAGUGCCUUGCAUGGAGAAUGCCGUGCUGGCUUUGGCUCAGAUUGAGAACUCUGCUGCUGUGCUUGAUGCCACUGGCUGCUACGUGGAGCUGAUGGAUCAGAGGUUGGAGCUGCCCACGGAGACCCUUCAGGAGCUCUUGGGAAUCCACGCCAAAUGUGAGGAUGAGGCCCUUCAGGUGUUCAUGGCCCGUUCCUUCAAGGAUGAAAAGCAACAGUUCCAGGCUGAGCUGAUGCGAACCCUGGAUCAGAAGAAAGAGGGAUACUGCCAUAAGAACGAACUAGAAUCUUCAAAACACUGCAAGGCUGUGUUGGCGCGGCUCUCCAAGGAACUGGAGGACAGGAUCCACAAGGCCUUUUAUUCCCGACCGGGUGGAUAUCAGGAUUAUUUCAAUGACGUGAAAAACAUCACCGUGCAAUACCACCAGGAACCCAGGAAAGGAGUCAUGGCAGAUGCUGAACUACAGCAGUUCUUUAAGGGCAAGGAAGAUGUGGGCAAAGCCAUCCUGCAAAGCGAUGAAGCCCUCACGGAGAAAGAGAAGGAAGCAGAAGAUGCAAAGGCAAGGGCCGAGGCCGCAGAGCGGGAGAACGAGAUCCAGAGGCAGAAGCAGGCUGAGAUGGAGCAGAAACUGGAGGACCAGAGACGAAGUCAUGAAGCAAACAUUGAACACCUGAAGGAGAAGAUGGAGAAAGACAGGGAGAAGUUGCUGGAAGAGCAGAACAGGGUGAUGGAGAGUAAACUCCGGGAGCAACACAUUAUGCUGGAGGCAGGAUUCAAAAAACACGCUGAUCAGCUAAAUGAUCAGAUUGGCCAGCUGAAAAAACAAUGUGAAAGGAUGAAGAAGCGAUCUUGGUUUUCUGGAAUACUGGAUUUUGCUUCGUUGAUACUUCCGGGCUUUGUUGGCAAAGCACUAAGGCGCUAAAUCACUCUGAAAUCAAGCGGGAGGAGAGACUGGUCUCCAGUCCUUGACUUCUUGCUAUUCCAUUGAUCGCUGCAAUGCCCACAUCUUUGUUUAGAACGAUGUUGUGUUAACUUGAGGAACGGCUUGAGGCAAGAAAUUGAACUAAAGAGCAGAGUAGGGUGGGAGAAUUCAGCACUGAAAAACAUGGUAUUUUCAGAUGGGUUGCCAUGUUGGUCUGUAGUAGAAGAGUCAUGUGCAGUAGCACCUUAGAGACCAACUACAUAUUCAGGGUAUGAACUUUCGAGAGUCAGAGCUCCCUUCAUCGGAUACAAGGAAUGGAAAAAGGAAAAGAAAAUUAGAGUGCCAGGAAGCUAGCUAUAAUAAAUGUUGCAAUUAGCUUGAUAGAGCAUGGGUGCAAAGUAUGUAAAAUUAGCAUCUGUAACGUGACAAAAAUCCUAUGUCCUGAUUCAAGCCCAGGGGAUCCAUUGUUCCAAAUUUGCAAAUUAACUUAGUUCCAGCAAUCUCAUGUUGUAAUUUUCCUUUGAAGUUUCUCUGCUUGAGAACUGCUCCUCUUAGACUGUCAUUGAAAUAUCCUGGCAGAUUAAAAUGUUCACCCACUAA